AACAUCGCUCAACUAUGGCGGACAGGCUAACGCAGCUCCAAGAUGCUGUCAAUUCCUUGGCUGAUCAGUUUUGCAAUGCUAUCGGAGUGCUGCAGCAGUGCGCUCCGCCUGCUUCCUUCAGCAACAUCCAGACGUCGAUCAACAAAGACCAGCCAUCUAACCCCACAGAAGAGUAUGCGCAGCUUUUUGCCGCGUUGAUUGCGAGAACGGCUAAAGAUGUUGACGUGCUGAUCGACUCUCUGCCUAGUGAAGAAUCUACAGCGGCACUACAGACUUGUGCGUUUUUUAACAAGGCUGCAAGCCUCAAGCAGCUGGAGGAAGAGAAUCAUGAAGCUGCAACACGGCUGGAGGAGGUGGUAUACCGAGGAGACUUACUGCUGGAGAAGAUCCAAAGCGCCCUGGCUGACAUCGCCCAGUCCCAGCUCCGCAUGCGCAGCGGCCCCGCCAGCCAGCCUGCAGCCCCUGAAUCUUGACUCAGACUAAUUCAGAGCAUCUAUGGACUAUGUGACGCAUACUGCAGGGACUUUUAUAUCUGAUGUUCAUUUGUGAUCCAUGAGGCGCACCCAUUGCAUGGAAACACUCAUUGACAUUUUGACUGUGAAAAGUACAGUUGGCAGUGCUCCACUGCGGAGAUGCAUGUUGUGGUGGUGUCUGUGUUCAGACCUCAUCUUAGUCACCAAUAAGACAAUACUUGUUAGAAGUAAAUAUUAGUUAAGGGUCUGUUUGUUUACGAUUACCACCACAUGGAGUAUAAACUCACCCAUUCCAUACAGGAGACAAAUGGUAAAGUUGGAAGUGUUAAAGCUAAUUUACUUUUUUUUUUUUUUUGUCCAAACUCAAGUCUAUAUCUAUAUAACAUUGUCAGUUUGUUUUGAAAAUCUCUGCCAAACCUGUUUUCAUACAGUGUAAUUUACAUACAUGUGUGCAGUGUUCCUUAUCUUUGCCUUCUUACUAAUAGCUGUGGCAGGAGAGUGCAGAUUUUGUAUUUUGUAAAAUAUAGAACCAUAUUAAGAUUAAAUCAUAUGAACUGCACUGUAAAAUCACUGGGAUUUGUGAAGAUAUUUUAUUUUCUUCAGAAUAUUUACAAAAUUCUCAAGAUUUCUACUCAUGAUGCUAGGGAAAAUAGUAAGGGCUUCUGAGUCUAAUGUUUACAAAGAGUGACAUCUUAAAUGAUGCCUUUAAAUGUAGCUCUUUGUCAUUCACUAUUGGCCUGUGAAUACAUGAUUCCUUAAUAUUUUAGAAAAAUACCGUUUUGGAAACCAUUUUUGUGUUCUGUAACCCCUAAUUGUGACCACUUAGGAGUUUCAGUUUAUAAGAGAACAACAUUUUUCUGAUAAAAAAUAAAUAUAUAAAGUUA